UUCCCUCCUGGAGCCCGGCCGCUCGCUCCGCUCCCCCUCAGCUCCGCUCCGCUCGGCCACCGGGAGCGCAGGCGGCGGCCGGGGCUGCCAGGGUCAGCGGCGGCCGGGGCUGCCAGGGUCAGCGCCUCCCGCCUUCCCGCCGCCGCCCGGCCGGCCGCACGCGCGACGCGAGGCCCGGGCCCGGAGCGCGAACGCAGAGCCCCGGGCGCCAGGAGGGGCUGCAGCCGGUGGGCAGCGGCGCGCGGGGAGGGGCUGCAGCAUCCUCUGUCCCCGCGGCGCCCGGGCCGGGAGAGGAGGGGGCCGGGUGCCCGGCCACCCGCCGCUCAACCUGAUGCUGGAAGGGCGAAGGUGAGUGACAAUGGCGGAGAGCACGUGACCUGCACAGACCCUUCUCUGCCCACCGAGUGGCACCACCAUGCAGAAGCCCAGCGGCCUGAAGCCCCCCGGCCGCGGGGGGAAGCACUCAAGCCCCAUGGGCCGGACGUCCACUGGAUCAACCUCGGCCUCUGCCACUGUGACGGCCACUGGCUCCAAGGAAGGCUCCCCCCUGCACAAGCAGGCCUCGGGCCCCCCGGCCGCAGCCCCCGCCGCCCCCGAGAAGCCCGGCGCCAAGGCGGCCGAAGUGGGCGACGAGUUCGUGGGGGACUUCGUGGUGGGCGAGCGCGUGUGGGUGAAUGGAGUGAAGCCGGGCGUGGUGCAGUACCUGGGCGAGACGCAGUUCGCGCCGGGCCAGUGGGCGGGCGUGGUGCUGGACGAGCCGGUGGGCAAGAACGACGGCGCCGUGGGCGGCGUGCGCUACUUCGAGUGCCCGGCCCUGCAGGGCAUCUUCACGCGGCCCUCCAAGCUGACCCGGCAGCCUGCGGCCGAGGGCUCGGGCAGCGACGCGCACUCGGUCGAGUCGCUGACCACCCAGAACCUGUCGCUGCACUCGGGCACGGCCACGCCGCCGCUGACCAGCCGCGUCAUCCCCCUGCGGGAGAGCGUCCUCAACAGCUCCGUCAAGACCGGCAACGAGUCGGGCUCCAACCUCUCCGACAGCGGCUCUGUGAAGCGGGGUGACAAGGACCUGCGCCUGGGAGACCGUGUGCUGGUUGGUGGGACGAAGACUGGUGUGGUACGGUACGUCGGGGAGACAGACUUUGCCAAGGGCGAGUGGUGUGGCGUGGAGCUGGACGAGCCCCUUGGGAAGAACGAUGGGGCAGUGGCGGGCACCAGGUACUUCCAGUGCCCACCCAAGUUUGGUCUCUUCGCGCCCAUCCACAAGGUAAUCCGCAUCGGCUUCCCAUCCACCAGCCCAGCCAAGGCCAAGAAGACCAAGCGCAUGGCCAUGGGAGUCUCGGCACUGACCCACAGUCCCAGCAGUUCCUCCAUCAGCUCUGUCAGCUCUGUGGCCUCCUCCGUGGGGGGCCGGCCCAGCCGCAGUGGCCUGCUCACGGAGACCUCUUCGCGCUAUGCCCGCAAGAUCUCGGGCACGACUGCCUUGCAAGAGGCGCUGAAGGAGAAACAGCAGCACAUCGAGCAGUUGCUGGCUGAACGGGACCUGGAGCGGGCCGAGGUGGCCAAGGCCACGAGCCACAUCUGUGAGGUGGAGAAGGAGAUCGCCCUACUCAAGGCACAGCAUGAGCAGUAUGUUGCAGAGGCAGAGGAGAAGCUGCAGCGGGCCCGGCUGCUGGUGGAGAGCGUGCGGAAAGAGAAGGUGGACCUGUCCAACCAGCUGGAGGAGGAGAGGAGGUAGGUGCCGCUCCUGUCCUGGUCCUGGCGGGACACUUUCCCAGAGCCUCAUUAAGGAUGACCAGGAAAAGCAAGGCUCAGGACCAGCAGGCACAAACCCCGCCUCCACCACGUACUGGCUGUGUCACCUGGGCUGGUGACAUGAGCUCUGCGGGCCUUAGUCAUCUCAUCUGCAAAGUGGGGUGAUGAUCCCCAUCUCUGCAGGCUGUUGGGAGGACUUACAAGAUAACUCCAGUAAAGCACCCAGCAUGACAUUGAGCACAUGGGAGACACUACAUACGUCACUGUUUUCCUUCCUGACAUGGGGUUCACCGUUCCUGCCCAGCUCGGCUCAUGCAGCAUCAUGAGAACGCCCAGGCGGGUGGGGGGACCUCUCACUAGGGAGACGUGCAUCCGAUGUCCCCACCCCGUGACCCAGUUCAGCGCAGGGAACACCCCUUCUGCAUCAGGUCCCUCACAUGGAGCUCAGAGCCCGUGUCCUGAAGCUUCAUUCCCAUUUCAUGUGUCAGGAAACCGAGGCUCAGAGAAGCAGCAGGAAAAGGCCCCUGGAAACACCUUGCGCCUGGGGCUCAGCCCCGGGGCUGGGCGCUUUACCUGCUCUGUCUCUCUCUGGCUUACAGUUUGCCCAGGAGACAGGUAUUGCCCCCCAGGCCACAGAUAAGAAAACUGAGGCUCAGAGCAGGGAACGGACUUGCCUGAGGUCACCAGCCUGUUAGUGGUGCCACUGGCUCUUGCUGUCCUGCCAGUGGCAAGUGGGAGUUGUGUUCCCUCUGUGUGGGGACUCUGGCCUGACUUGGUCCUGGGUCACCUGGUGGGACUCAGAGCUGCUACGGCCUUACAAGGGUUUCCCUCAGCCCAGAAGCCUCUCUUUGUCUCCUAGCUGCUGACACACAGAUUUCUGCAGCUUCCUCUGCUCCCCUGCACAGUAGCACCUCCCAGACCCAGCCCUCCACCUCCCCCCGACUUGGGUCUGGUUUUGGGCUUUCAGCUGAGGCAUGUGCUCCACGGGCUGUUGUUACUGUCUGACUUGGAGACAGGAGGGCUUAUUCAUAUCUGCCUGAGAGGGUCGGUGGGGCCCACGCAUCUGGUUCCCAUGGCAACGUGCCUGAUGCCAACAAACAAAAACAGAUCUUUGAGACGUCCUGGGAGUUGUGUUCAGGAAGGCUUGGGUGCAAGUCCCAGCAUUGCCCUGCACUUGCUGUGUGACCUUGGGCAGGUCACUGGCCCUUUCUGGGCCUUAGUUUCAUCCUCUGCUGGGAGCUGUCACGAGGCCCCAGGAGGGGCAGCUUUGUGAGCUGUAAUGUGCCUGUGUCUCUUCCCUGUGCUCUCUCGGGGAUGGGUGGGUGUGUCUCCUUGAGGGUGGGCCCCACACUUGCAGCAGGGUGUUGGGGGCCCUCCACAUCAGGGAGCAGCCCAAGCAGUGGGGGCUGGGGCUCUGGGCCCUGAUUUGGAGGGGAGGGAAUGAGAAUGGGGUCAGUAGGGGAAGAAGCCCACCUGGCCUCCUUCCCCACAGACUGUUCCAUGCGACAUGUCUGUUCCCUGCUGUGAUGAAAACAGCUGUUAGUGCUUCCAUUUACUAUCCAUUCUGUUAUUUAUUUCCACAACCACCCUAGCGGGGAA